GAGGCCACGAAGGCCCGGGUCGGUAGUGAGCGAGCCGGGGCUCUGAGUGGAUGGGGAGGCGAGCGGGGCCGGCGACAUGGCUGUCGAUUUGGAGGAGGACGAAAAUGACUACCUCGAGAGUGUUAAUUCCUUGUACAAGCCAGCAGACGCCAUGGUCCAAGAAGAGGACCCACUCCUUGAGGAGCCAGUGCAGAACAGACCCACUUCGUACACGCCUAAGGACCACCUUAAUGGCACCUAUAUUAUUUUCUUCCUUCUGGGGACGGGCUCACUUUUGCCUUUGAACUUCAUCAUGACUGCGAAGCAUUACUGGAUGUAUAAACUUCAGAACUGCUCAGAAGAGCUUUCUCCUGCAGAGCAGAGACCCUCAGAUAUCCGUGACUUCUUUGAAAGCUACAUUUCUGUGGCUUCCACUGUGCCUUCAGUGCUCUGCUUGAUUGGGAACUUCCUACUAGUCAACAAGGUCCCAGUUCACGUGCGUAUUCUGUCCUCCUUGGUUGUCACGCUGACUGUCUUAAUGGUGAUCACAGUGUUGGUGAAAGUGGACACCUCUUCUUGGACUCCUCAGUUUUUUGUAAUCACCUUGGCCUGUGUGGCCAUCAUCAGCAGUGCCACCACCGUCUUCAGCAGUAGCGUUUUUGGCCUCACGGGGUGUUUCCCCAUGCAGAAUUCCCAAGCACUGAUUUCAGGUAAGAUCUCCCCGUAUUAUAUAAAAUGCCACAAAGACAGCAGACAGAUACUGUGCAUCUUGCCCGGUGAUGAUUUGGAGGAAGGUGAUUCAACAGCUGGUAACACUAGAGUGAUGACAAACAGCGCAGGAAGUGUGCCUCCCUUGCGGGCCAUCCUGGACAAGACCGGCAUGCUGGGCUUCUGUGUCUUCUAUGUCUAUUUCAUCUCUAUCAUGAUUUUCCCUGCAAUCUCCUCUGGCAUAGAGUCAGUCACUAAGGACUUGGGGGGCUUGUGGGCAGAUAAGUACUUCACACCCCUAACUAGCUUCCUUCUGUACAAUUUUGCUGACUGGUGCGGGAGGCAAAUCACUGCCUGGAUCCACGUCCCUGGACCCAAGAGCAAGCUGUUGCCCACUAUGGUUUUGCUGAGAACUCUGUUGGUGCCCAUCUUCAUGCUUUGCAACUAUCAGCCUCGGAUGUACAUCACAAGAGUGCUCUUCGCUCAGGAUGUCUACCCAGUGGUCUUCACGGUAUUACUGGGAUUCAGCAAUGGCUACUUGAGUACGUUAUCCAUCAUCUACGGCCCCAAGGUCACACCUAAAGAAUUGUCAGAGUCAACAGGGGUGCUGCUGAUGGUGUUUAUGCAAUUGGGGCUGGCUAUGGGCGCUGCCUUCUCUGUUCUCGUGGUCCAUCUCAUCUAGAAGAGAACUGUGCAAGUCUGUUCUCUGAGCUCAGUCAGUAAUGGCAUAUUUUCAAAAGGGGGGCGGUAUGCCAAUGUGCAGAGAGUAAAUGCUUUCAUUUUCUGAGUAGGUGAACAGAGCUGUGUACAGUUUGGGUCACCCCAUCCCAAAAAAAGACAUAGAACCACAAAAGGGUCAGAAAUGGGGAACCAAAAUAAUCAAGGGGCAGAGACAUCUUCCCUGUGAAGAAAGGCCAAAAAGUUUGAGGCUUUUCAUUUGGGGGAAAAGAUGAAAAAUGGCAGGCCAUGGUAGAAAUUUAUAAAAUGUGUGAGGUAGAGAGAGAACUGUUUUCUCCUCCUUACAGUUUAUGGACACACAAUGAAGUUGAUGGGCAAGAAAUGCAGGACAGACAAAAGGCAUAUAAUUAAUUUGUGGAAGUUGUAUCUGUGGGAUGUGGUGAUGACCACUAGGCUAGAUGGUUGUAAAUGGGGAUUAGACAAAUCCAUGGGUGAUAAGGCUGUUAAUUACCAUUAGCCAACAUGAAUAAAUGGGACCACCAUGUUUAGAGGCUAUGUACCUCUGCAUGUCAGUUGGUGGGGAGGGGGGACUUUGGCCCCCUAUGCCCCUGCUGGGCACCUUCUGGGCCAUCUGGUUGGCUACUGUGAGGACAGGAUGCUGAUCCAGAUGGACCAUUGGCCUGGCCCGUGGGUUGCUCUUGUGUUCUAGUU